CAUCAUGAGGUACAUCUUCGUUCUUUUAGGAAUCGUAUGCAGUUUUAAAGAUGGAUGGACACUUUCAUGGUCGGAUAAAGUGAUUUUCUAUCAGGAUUGUGAGAUUUUCAAGAAUCCGGAUCUCUAUGGUGGACCAAUCUGCGGUACCGACAGCGAAACUUAUGCUAAUAGCCUGUACCUGGACUGCAUGAAUUACCAGACUUUUCAGAAUGUGGGGACGUUGCAUUCUGGAUCGUGCCUGCCGAUGGACGAAUACUGCAAGGCGAAUCUCUUCUACAAACCAGUGUGCGGAUCGGACGGCAACACUUACACAAAUUUGGAAUCACUUUUGUGCGUUAAUUACAAACGUUCUCAGAAUGUCACGGUAACGUCAAAGGAAGCUUGCGAGAAUUUGGAUCACUGUUACAGACACGGAAUCACCUUUUAUGGGACUAAUCCCGUUUGUGGAAGCAACGGGUUCACUUACCAGAACGCGGCACAACUGAAGUGUCUGCAACGGCGCAACACUGACUUGAAGAUUCUGUACGACGGAGGCUGCACCACUAGGGAUGUUUACAACGUUUAUGGGCACAGCGAGAAGGUCUGUGAAAUUGCCAAGACCAGGUACGAAUGGAAUCCAGUGUGCGCCAGUGAUGGUAUUACGUAUUCGAAUCCUUUCGAAUUUUUGUGCUACGAAGCUGAUAUGAACCAGUUAGUUUCCGAUGGCGAGUGUGGGACGAGCACGCAAAACUCCUGUGCUCAGCUCGAGCUUGCCGACACAGCCUCAAAGAACAGCAGCGAGGCCUUCACCCCGGAGGACGAGGUUUGCGGAAGCGAUGGCGUCACCUACCAAAGUACUCAUCACUUGCAAUGCUACAGCAGUCGAAACAAAUAUCUAUCCGUGAAACACUCCGGACCGUGUUCCGGGCCUGACGACAGUCCUUGCGGCAACAUACCGGAAGAGGAUCUCCGUCUUCCUGUCUGCGGAAGCGACAAUUUCUCUUACGUGAGUCCUGAAGCCCUGUGGUGCGCGAAACUAAGGUUUCCCGUGAAACAGCUGAUGUUCGUCCACGACGGUCCUUGCUAGGGGACAUCCGUGUUCUCGUCGUGAUUAAUUCACGUUUUUCAGCACCGGUCAGUAGUUUGCAUCAUCGAGGAUGAAUGACUUCGAAUCUUCCUUGAGAAUAUCAUUCCUUCUUUCUUUUCUCAGGGACUCUUGGCACGAAUUUGUAAACAUAAUUGUUGUUUUCAUUAAAAUGAAUCGCUUCUUUGUACAUAAGUCACUUUGAUUUGUUUUUCCAUGGGACAAUUACAGUUUCCAUGGUGUACGAUCUUUUUUUAGAUGCACGGUAUCUUAUUCCUCGUCAGGCUGAUGUCACUUGGCACGUGGAUAAUGCCAUUUUUAUUUCUUCAUCGGUGUCCUUUUUUAUCUCCUUUCGCGAUUAACAGCGGGACACCAAAAUGCGUCGUGUGUCUAUUCUUUCUUUUUCAUUUAUCUCAUGGCCAUGAAUCGACCAUAUUAAGCGAAGGUUUAUUCAUACAAUCGUCGAAUUUAAUUUCAAUUUUUGAUCAUCAGCCAGACACAAAUCUUUUUGAGCGGGAAGGGAAUCUUCAAAUAUCAGUUAAUUUAUUAAACACGUUU